CAGAAUGGUCCACAACCAAGUCACAAUCAUCGGGUCCGGCCCAGCCGCCCACACCGCCGCCAUCUACCUCGCCAGAGCCGAGAUCAAGCCAACCAUGUACGAGGGUAUGAUGGCUAACGGUAUCGCUGCCGGCGGGCAGUUGACCACCACCACCGAUAUCGAGAACUUCCCAGGUUUCCCGCUUGGGAUCAACGGAUCUACCUUGAUGGAUCAGAUGAGAGAGCAAUCCGUCAGGUUCGGCACUGAAAUCAUCACCGAAACCAUUUCCAAGGUUGACUUCUCCUCCAGACCGUUCAAGUUAUGGACUGAAUGGAACGAAGACGAGGCGCCUAUUACCACCGAUGCUGUCAUUAUUGCCACCGGUGCCUCCGCUAAGAGGUUGGAUUUGCCAGGUGAGGAAACCUACUGGCAGCAGGGAAUUUCCGCCUGUGCUGUCUGUGACGGUGCCGUGCCAAUCUUCAGAAACAAGCCGUUGGCUGUCAUUGGUGGUGGUGACUCCGCGUGUGAGGAGGCCUUAUUCCUUACCAAGUACGGCUCCAAGGUCUUCUUGAUCGUAAGAAAGAACUUCCUCAGAGCCUCCUCCAUCAUGGCCAAGAGAGUUGCUGCAUGCGAGAAGCUUGAAAUCUUGUACGAAACCGUCUCGUUAGAGGCCAAGGGUGAUGGCAAGUUGUUGAACGCUUUGACCAUCAAGGAUGUCAAGACCGAGGAGGUCAGAGACUUGCCAGUCUCCGGUUUGUUCUACGCCAUCGGCCACAACCCAGCCACCGAGAUCUUCAAGAACGAAAAGUUGGACUUUGACGAAACGGGGUACAUUAAGACCAUCCCAGGCACCGCCUCCACCACCAUUCCGGGUGUCUUCGCCGCCGGUGACGUUCAGGACAAGAUCUACAGACAGGCCAUCACUUCCGCCGGUUCCGGCUGUAUGGCUGCGUUGGACUGCGAAAAGUUCAUUUCUGAGGAGUCUGUCAACUAAGUCUCGUAUUCUAACCUGGUAAUUAUAGAGCUAAUAUUGAGCAGAUAAGUGAACAAUGCGUAGAAUGUGCAAGGGCCAUGAUAUAAGUUCAGCCGCGAUAGUUAAUGAAAAAUUUCUGGCUAUAUACUUUACCGUAUGUACUAAAAUCAAGAAUCGCUGAUUCGACAUUAAAACUGCGGUGAGGUUCGGGAAAGCUCGUCCUUAUGUUAUCAGGGUUAGUUAUAUUUUGUAUCCUAUAGAUUCUAUUUGCACUUACAAAAGUUU